AUUGCUAUUCUGACUUUAAGUUAAAAAGAAAAAUGACUUUAAAAGUUUAUAUUUUUAUUCUGUCGCAGUUUUUGCUGAUUGAAAAAAUCAGCAGUGGUGGUGACCCCGUGUGUGAAAACGAUUGUGGCCAGAUCAAUCCUCUUAUAAAUCAAUUUUAUGCCAUUCUUAAUUCAGCUAGAGACGAUCUUUCUAAUGCAGAAGGUGUAAUCUUUGAUGUACUUGGGAAAUCUGCUUACCAACAAGCAAGAGCAUUGGCAGUACAACUGAGAAACGCCGAGACACAGGAAGAUAAAGACAAUUUAAAAACAUUGCUUGCAGAAAUUACGUAUGAUUCGAACAAUGGCGAAAACAAAGAAGCUAUGGAAGAGGCGAUUUCCGGAAUACAAGACAAACUUGACGAAUUAACAGCAAUGCUUGAUGUAUUUGGAAAUUUGAAGAAACCAGAUUGCAGUCAAUGUGAUGGUGUUCCAGGACUUAUAAAUCAAGCCGUGUUUGUUAUAAGUUCUGAGAAAUUUAAGCUAGACAUUUUGCAAAACAUUGUCGAAUAUACGACACCUCUUUAAAAAUGUAAUUUGCUGUAUAAAAUAAAGAAAUGAAAUUUCAGGCAACUGUUUUGUUUUCCUAUGAGCAGUGAUUUUUUUUUAAUUAGAGCUAUUUUACCUAACUUCGGUAUUU